AGCAAAAAUUUAGAAAAAUGGCAGAGUCGGAACCAUCAAGUAGCCGAACGAAUAGUUUAAAUACAUCUAGUAGUCAUAACGACGAGAACCACACUCAUGUUGAAUUGAAAGGUUAUUUGUGGAAGAGAACAAAAUUAUCAAGAAAGUGGAAGAAACAGUGGUUCGUUCUGAGAAAUUCGGAUUUGCUCUAUGGAAACACACCUGAGACAGCAGUAAAAAAUAUUCCUCUGUCAAAUGCUGAAAUCUCGGAAACUGAUAUAGACAAGAAAGAACAUGCAUUUAGGAUAAAGCCCAAGGAUAACAGUCGCACCUUCUACAUUCAAGCAGAAAAUGAAAAUGUUCAAAAUGACUGGAUGCAAGCGAUAUGCUUUGCAAAGGCAGCAGGGCAUCACGGUGAUAUUUCUCAAGCAUGUACUAUACAGUAAUAUUGAAGGAUGGUCACAAAAGUAAACUAAAGGAACACACUUUAAACCUGCAGACUUUUAAACAUUCUCCUUCCUUUUGAAAUCACUGGGUCCUCCCCUUCUUUUGGUUUAAAUGAUCCAACAGUUUUAUUCAGAAUUAAAAAAUAACAGGCUAUGACUUUGGUUCAUUGACCAUUAUAAUAAAACAUUUACUUUAUAUAAUAUAUUUCUGGUAAUAUUAUAAUGAAAAUUGUAUUCUUGUUCAUCGUUGGAAACCACAGUCAAUCUUCCAUAUGCAUAUUCAAUAAGCGUAUGUGAGAUUGACCAUGGGUUUCUAGUGAAGAUUCUUCUUUUAAUAGAUAUUGGUUGUGCGUCAAUAUUAAAGAUAUUUUCUUUUUAAUUUUUACCUUUAAAGCCCUGGCUAUUUAAUUAUCAUAUUGGUAGGUCACUGCUUGAAUUUUACAUCUUAAAUUUAAUAAGACACUGUCUUAAUUAUUACGGGAGUUAACACAUGUAUACAUUACAACUAUUUCCACUGAUGAGAAAUUUUCAUUUUUUUUUUCUUUUUACAAUUUCUGAUGUAGUGAUCAGUUGUUUAUAAAACUGAAUUCUUAUAUUUAUUAUUUAUGUUUAUACAAUACCUAUGAUAUUGAUCAGGACUGGCUUCCACAGUCUGAGUUUACAAGUAGAUAAGGUGACAGUUAUCAGUGCCUAUGUUCAUUUUUAGCAGACAUUAUUGUUUAUAUUAUGUACAUGUAAUAUGUAGUCAUUUUUAUUUUAUUUUCAUUAUUUUGGGAGGUGGGGUGGGGGGUUAUUCUUAUUGGUGCCAUUUGCUCAGAUGUGCAAAUGUAUUGUUGAUUUUUAAAGUCAAAUUUUGCUUGUUUGAAUUUGAAGUCCUUUGAUGGAGAUAGUAGAAAAUUUUUCUUCCAAUGUAUUUUCACUCCUUUUCAUUUUCCUGAGUUUUAAGUUGUUGCAAUUGUUGAAUUCAUAAUUAUUUAAUGGAUCCCCCCUUUUUUGCCAUCAAAUUAAUUAAGAAAGAAUGUCCGUCCAAAGUACAAGCUUGUCAAUGUUAGGUUGUCAUUUUUUGGUACAGGAAAACAAAUCUACUGGUCAGGUUUUGUACAAGCUUUUUACUAUUUAAUAUUGAAAAUACUAUUUCACAAGUCAGAAUAUGGAAGUUUUAGUAAGAAGAAAAACUACACUUGUACUAAGAGCUGCUUGCUUAAGUUACUUGUAGUAAGUGAUCAUUACCGGUACCUGUUAUGUAUAGUUUCUACUGAAAGUAGGAAUACUGGUAUUUACAUGUAAAUAAUGGUAUUUUAUUUUAAAGUAAAACUUACAUCAAAUUGUUAAUAUUAAGUACAUUUACUCAGAGAUUUAAAGCAUACAUGGUGUUUGGUUUCAAAGAUAUUAGAAUCAGUUAAUAGUAAUAACUAGAUUUUCACCUUGUUUUCUCCAUUCAAUCAAUGUGGCGUAGAUUGUUAUACUCCACACAUUAGGUAAGCAGGAUGAGCCUCUGUAUUGAAUGUGAGUUCUGUGUGCCCAUCAUCUUCUGAGCAGCUAUUUUAAGGAUUAGGGUGAUGGUUGUGGCUCUCACACUUUAAUGUUUUUCAAAUGUCCCUUUUAUAAUUCAUGUCUUUGAGAGAGAGACAGAUCUUUCCACAUUUAUGAAUACGUGUUAUGAUGUAUUAUCCAAAAAUUUGUGAUUGAACAUUACUUGUACGUGAGAACAUUCACUUGCAUGUAAAUAUUAGCUCUUUCAUUUUUCAUAUGCUAAAGAAAUAGUGCUUUUGUAUUUACAUACACACUUUUUUCAUUCUGAAAUUAAAUGGUUUCUGAUGUUUACAUAAACUGAUAGAUAUACUGGAAUUACACAGGGAAAAGUGGCUUACAUGACAUACAUGUGAUUAUCCUUUUAUUUGAAAAUUAUGUGAUCAUGUAAAAUUUAUAUGAAUAUUUUUAAAUAUUUUUUUCAUGCAAAUAUCAUGUGAAUAAGUUUGUAUGAUAUUCACAUAAUUUUUUUUUUUUUAGAACUUUCAUGUGAAGUUUUCUUUGCUUGAUAUAUAUGCGAUAUGCUCUUCAUGUAAAAUUCAUAUGAAAGUUAUGUCAAAAAGGCUUUAAGUUUUCACAUAAAUUUCACAUCUUGUUUUUUUUUCUCUUUCUCAUGCAAAGAAUUCACAUGAAAUUCAUGUGAAUUUCAUAUAAAAUUUAUGUAAGCCACUUUUGCCUGUGUAGGAGUGUAAAUCAUUAAUAGAAACUAAAUUCAGAGUAUAUUUUUUUCUAACUUGAGAUAUAAUUAAAUACAUUACUAUGAAACAAUUUGUGUGAUGAGAUCAUUCUCAAAUAGUGCUCAAUUGAUGUUAAAGGAACAAGGGUUAAGAUGGCUUAGGAGAAUCAUAAAUGUUUUUUUUUUUUUUUGCACUGGUUUUGAGUUUUUGUGUCAUUGAACUGCGCAGCUGUUUUGUUACAUGUAAUUUAAUGACUGUUUUUCUGUUUAUCAGGGUUGUCCCUAAGACCUUGGGGACAGGGAAUUUCCCUGUCUAUAAUGACAUAAUCCUCCGAGUAUUCUGGUAUUACUCCUCAACCCCCUCUUAGGGGAGGAACUCCAGACCCUCUUCUACUUGUUUAAGUCCCCUGCUAUUUCAAAUCUUGGAACAACCCUGGUAUCUUUGUAUGAGUGACAUUUUGUCAUUUAGAGUAGCUAACAUACAGAGUUAUGCCUCUUCAAUCAUACAGCAAAGUUUUUUUAAAAUGCUAACUUUUUGACAGAUAAUGAAUUUAAAAGUUAAUUUAAAAAUUAAUAAUGGUAAAUAUAACAUAUAUGAUGGUUAAUAAUGAUAAAUAUUAUAACAUAGUUUAAUUUAUAAAUGAAAUGGAUGCAAAAAAAAGUAGUCUAACGUUACAUCCUAAAUUGUUGAAAAUUUGGUUAACAAAUGAUAUUUGCAAGUAAAAGGAACAAAAUGAAACAUAAAGUUAUUAUUAAAGAAAAAGUUGCCAAUUUUUUUAAAAAAAAAUUUCCUCAUGUACACUUCCCCAUUGUUCCGGAUGUUGUAUCAUUUCUCUUUUCAUUCAAUGACUAUAGUUCUUUGUCAUAUUUUGUUAUUUUGCAUUUAACUGUUACCAUGCCUUCAUCUAGAUAUGUAGUUAUAUUGACCUUAGUAUUGUAUACAUGGUAUAAGCAGUGUUUUACCUUUUGAGAAGCAUUUAAGCUUCUGGAUAUAUAUUCCUGCGCUAUCUACAAGCUACACACAAGUGAAAGCUGUGAUAUAUUUGUUUUUGUGUAUUUUAAAUAGAUUUUAUUGAUUGGCAUGUGGUUAUAUAUAAGCAACAUGCACUAUUACUGUUGUGAAUAAUUAUUAACUAUUGUUAUCAUCCGGCAUUGUCAUCUUUUUUUGGCUAUUUAAUUAAACAAGAAAGAAUUAU